AUGCCUGAUAAGGGAGAGAAUAGCACUAUAGCAUACAGCUCCUGCCCCCAGUCAGAAUCUGAUGCCCAAGAGGUUGACGUGGCACAUUCCCGACCCACUACACCCAGCUUCUCAGCUCCACUCCCUAAACCUGACCAAGGGGCAAGGCCCAAAAUCAGGAGACUAGCUGGAGGACUGUUCCGGCCUCUGCCCUCCCCAGGAGCUACCAAGUCCAAACCCCACUACAUCCUGACCAUCAGUGACCUGGAGGAGACGUGCAUGCCCACGUCGCCACAGCCCCCACUCCCAAACCCGCAGGGACAUGUCCUAGCACCCCUCGGCUCUCCCACUGCAGCUGGACCCUCUACCCUGGGGGCUCCAUGCAUCCCAAGGCCUCCGUUCCCACCUCUCCACUGUUUCCCCUCGGUGCUACUGAUAUCCUCUCCAUCUGCCCGCACUGUCAGAGGUCGAAGUGCUUCCUCUGUCCGAUGUCCUGGGAACAUGACUCUACCUCAGGACUCUUUCCCCAGGCAGUGGGCCGCAGUGCCCUGCCUGACUACAAGUGUGCCUGAUUUGAAAAUACCCUGUGGUAUUUCCAUCCUGUCAGGUGCUGUAUCGUGCUCAGAUGAUGAGCUGCUGCCCUCAGACGAUGAGUGUCCCCCCAGCCGAGAUCAGCCCCACCUCCGUUUUGAGAUCAAAAGCGAUGACGGCUUCAGUGUGGAGGCAGACAGCGUAGAGGAGGCCUGGAGGGCAGUGAUAGACUGUGUCCAGGAGGCGCGGGCGGGGGCCAGGUUAAGGCAGCUGUCCUUCUCUGGGAUGACAGGUGCCCAUAUGCUGGGCCUGCUCCACGACACAGUGGUCUUCCUGGUGGAGCAGCUCCAGGGGGCCUGCCGCUGCCAUAGCCACGCCUUCCGCUUCUUUAAACAGAUCAGCCAAGAGGACGACCUGCCUGUCAACCCCUCUGGAUGCGCCCGCUCUGAGGUCUACCUCAGGAAGUCCACCUUCGGCAUGUUCAACUUCCUGGCUUCCCAGCACCGCCAGCUGCCUGACAUCAACCCCUACGAUGAGGAAGAAGAUGAAGUCCCACUCAAAUCCACAAGACGUGCCACUAGCUUGGAGCUCCCCAUGGCCAUGCGCUUCAGACAUCUGGAGAGGACAUCUAAGGAGGCUGUAGGCAUGUACAGGUCAGCACACAACUAG